GUUCGAUCUCAGUCACUUCAAUUGCAGGUUACGUAGUCCAAGCGGCACGUAACAACUCCAAGAUGCCUCAUAAACACAAACGCAAGCGCGACGAGGAUGAAUCAAAUUUCGACCUCCCGCCCACAUCGCGGGCGCGGACACUGUCCGUGCACCAGAAACAAGAGUCGAUCUUCACCUCGGACGCAGACAAGAAGCGCAAACAGGACGCCAGAAAACAGCAGAAGAGGAAGAAGACCAAUAACAAUGGGGCCGAGUUUGAGGACGACACCCCAAAGGCCUUCAGGCGGUUAAUGUCGUUCCAGGUGGGGGGAAAGAGGAUACCCUCGGGCUUGGACGACGGGAAUACUUCGAAGAAGAAGCAGAAGCAGAAGAAGGAGGACAAAUCAGGGUCAAACACACACUCGGCAUCGAAACCUGAUGGGUUGGUGGAACAUGCCACCGCCACCUCGACCUCGCCGUCCCAUCCUCCUCCACCCACAACCACCACCGCGACGGCUACGACGGCAGCCAACAUCCCCAAGAUCCUCCCCGGCGAGUCCCUCGCAGCGUACUCACAACGGGUGGACCAGUCCCUGCCCUUGACCUCGAUCCCCAAACACCGGACGCGUCUCAGCGCGAUCCCGGGAUUGGAAAAGAUCAAGACGCCGCUCACGAAACACAACAAGAGGCUGGCGCGGAUGCAGAAGGAGUGGCGCGCCACGGACCAGCGGCUGAAGGAGCAGAGGGAGGAAGAGGACGAAGAGCUCGCGGAAAAGCAGGAGGAGGACGAGAUCCUGUGGCUCGGGGCCGGGAUCGAUCCGGCGAAACAGGCCGCGACGCUCAGCAAGAGCGGGGGCAAGGCGAAGAAGAAGCGCAAAGGCGGUGGUGGGAGGGACGUCGACGACGCGGAUCCCUGGAAGAUAUUGGAGAAGAAGCGGCGGGAAGAAGGCCAGUUGGGCAGGCAAACGAACUUGCAGGAUGUGGUCGCCGCCCCGCCGACCUUGAAACCUGUGAGGAACAUCUUCAAGGAGAAGCCCGAGAGAAAGACCGGCAUGAUCUCGGUAACAUGAAGGGAAAGCCUUGCAACUACUGUAAAGUGAAGUGUUUGAGAAGGAAGGAAAUGGUGAACAUAUAUCCCCAGGUCAUACCACUGUGAAAUGGCUGCCAUUUGCAUGAAUGUUCGAGCACCUCGCGGUUGGACUUUGUCAAUUGCAUUGCGGCAGGUAUCUCGCGGCUCCCAUCUAUGCUAAACACACGUCGCUUCGUUGGGCCAGAAGACGCCCUCCCUUCCUUCUGCCGCAAUAGUAGGUUCAACGUCCACGUACCCAAGAGGCGCAAGGCGUAUUUCCAACCUAUCGAUUUCAACCCCAGGUACCACCACCUCCUCCUUUACCCUGCCUCUUCUGCGCACUCAGCCGCCAAUCAUCCUCGCCACUGGCGAACUU